AAACGUUCCCUUUCAUUCAAUUCGAGUGCUUGCUCUGGCUCCAGGAGACCACCUUCUUCUGCCUUUCUGUCCUAUCAACUUGGUACCUGGCUGUCUGUGACGGGGUGGAAACUAUCUGAGGGCUUAUCGUAUCGACUGAGAGAAUCCUGGUCAGCGCAUCUGCGUAUGGUGUAAGAUGGAACCGGCACGUCGUCUUCAAGCUGUUGGAAAGGACCUGUACUACUCGCCUAACUGCGAUCGUUCUCUUACGCUAGAAGAGGAUCCUUUCCUUCAGGUUGACAAAAACCCUUUCCAACCGGACAAGACUCGACCUUUGAACCACCCCAGGAUCUCGCCCGCAUCGCACACCACCGAAAGUGCAUCACCGAAGAGAUACACCCCGCACUAUCCAACCUUCCACACGCUGUGCACCCCCCGGGUAUGGACGUUAAGCUUCGGCUGGAUGGCCUUCAUCUUAAUGCGAUAUUGGGAUCCAGGCUACCCCUUCGAUCGACUGAAGCGCAUCCCAUACCCGCUUAGCGUGGGUCUUCCCGGGGAGUUGACGUAUAGUAUGCCCCAGCCAUUCAUCCAAAGCUGGGGUAAGUUGGAAUCGGAACUGUAUGGCGCGGUUACUAGACUCAAAUCGAAGUCCUCUGCACCAAUGGUCCUGCCUUUCCUACCAUGGGCUCAUGGAUAUCGACUCGUCUUCAAGAAUCCGAGGAGUUAUGACAGGGCUGUAGCCUCGUCAAGGAACUGGUUUUCGGUCUGGUGGGGCGCAUUGUCGUUCUUAAUUGCGUAUAGCGAAACAAAGCGAGAUGCGUUCAGUCUCCGUGGUUAUGUACCACUAUGGCAUGUGGAGCUCGAGCCGGAGGUCGAUGCUGCCUGGAUUGACGGUGUUUUCCGCUCCGUCAUCUGCGACUUCUCCUACAAGCCCAAUCGAAUUGGCUGUAUCCUGGACAUCGCCAAUCCAAAGCCCCAUCAACCUCCACUUUCGUGGUUCAUCGAGCAUGGUAUUCCUGUUUGGUAUCGGUGGGGACCUCAGGAGAUUUCAUCAGCAGACCCGUCCCUUGCUCCUCCACCAGAGAUGCUCACAGGAUCUCCCGAGCGCCCGUUAACAGACACUACAAAACCCUCAGAAGACCCCCGACAUCUGCACCCCGUCGAACCUGAACCAACCCCCAGCCCUCCCAAACAGGCUAGCAAACCCGAGCCAGCCUGGGUUGCCCAUUUUAAACGCCACGAGGAGAUCCACGCCCGAUGGCUUGAGAAGGAAUCCGCCGUUGAGCGUCAAGCACGCGAAGCUCGAGCAGCCAACCCGCCUUAUUCUAAAGUCAGGGUAUACGAGUGGUAUCCAUCCGAAAAAGAUCCAGAUGUCUACGAACGAAUCCCUGUUGGCAAGAAGUACUCGCGAGACACGCUCUCUCUCUACAGUUCGACGCAGAAGAUCUACGACCCUUUCUGUAACAUGUGGGACUGUUGCGAUAAGUUCGGCAAAGAGGAUGAUCUUGACCCGGACGAGUGGACCAUCGAUGACUUGGACCUUCCGCUCCCCGUUUCGAUGAGGAAUGAAAUCAUCGAGAUGCACCAGGACCACUUUAGCGACGACGGGGGAGAGGGAUCUGCCAUCGACAAGCCAGUACCAUUGCCCUCGCCCGCGACUGAAACGACGCCUUCAUCUCCUACACCUGCUUCUGUCUACACGCCCCUUCCUGUCUCCAACCUACCGUCUUCAGGCGCAACCACCCUUGUUGAAGACGAGCAGGAGCUACUCACGGAAACGACAAACUGGCUCGCCGUAUCUUUGGAGGAGGAGGGUCAAUCGCGUCUUCGGACUAUACUAUGGAUUCGUUUCCCCACUACCGUCGAAUACGAUUACAGCGCGAGGAUGGACCCAAAAUUCGAAAGGAGUUCACCAGGCUUCUUGGAUUGUCGAACGACAUGA